CGAAAGCCUCGUUCUCUGUCGCUCUCGUUGCCACUUUCUAGGCGCGAAAGCCGCCUCGGAAAGUCCCACGGUGCAACCUGGGAACCGUCACCAUCACUGCGCUCUAUCACUGUAUCACGGAGCCCCGAGGACCGCCGCAGUUCCAGCAGCCUUUAAAUCCACGCUUGGAAUUCCAGCCGAGGCGCCGCAGUCCCUCAGUCUCCCGCCUCCACCACAACGGCCGGCCUGCAAGCGUUCAAUCUACCAUGCCCUCUGUUGUGCAGACGCAAACCCUCAACAACGGCAGCAUCGGAUUUUUGCUCAAAGACAACCCCCCAGAACCUGUCGUUGCCGGCUUCACUGCCGUCAACGGUCGAGCCACGCCGCCCUCGCCUCCCAGGUUGAACCCCAUCAACGGAAUGGCUCCUGCCUGCCCGCACAUGGUAUCGUAUUCGCACCAUUCUACGGGAACCCCACAGGAGCAGAGACCACUGCCUUCAAGCGAGCACUGGCAGUCAGUCCCAAGUGCUCCGCAAAGCAAGCACUCCUCCACCUCCCCUAUCCUCGUUGACGGUGAGCGCUCCUCGCAUAGCCCCAUCAAGAGGAAGAGAUCCGUUUCAGGGGAAGACGACCGCUCCACUUCGUCUCCCAUCCCUUCUCCCCAGCAGACCAGGCGUCGCGUGGGAUCCUACCCUUCCCCCGAGACUUCCCCUCCCAUGGCCAGCUCAGCCACCAUGGACCAGCAGCAACGCACUCUUCCCCCUAUCAGCCAGGCCGUCGCCGGACAUGACAAGAAGUGGUCCGUAGCCGAAGUUGAGGCUUCCAAACCAGUCCCCUAUCAAGAUCCUCAAGAACCUCAUCCCACUCCUCACUAUCAAACGCCCGGCCCAGCGACCAUUGACCACUCUCAACAGACGUCGCAAGUGUCAAGCACGACGGAGAUUACCCGUGCUGGUGUGCAAGUAGAUCCCAAGAAGAGGAAGAGGGUGAGUUCAUUCUAGCUAGUGCUUGCGGUGCCUAUCUAACGUGACGAAGCAAUUCGCCAAUCGAACCAAGACUGGCUGCGGAACCUGCCGGAGGCGCAAGAAGAAGUGCGAUGAG